UUCCAACAAGAACCGCUACCGUUUUUCGCUGAUUUUGAAAGGAAACCCGCUCUGAGCAAUUUUGCACUCAGCAUCAAGUUACACUGAAGUCAACCUUCACCCAUCUAUGUAAAAUGUUUUACAUUGUAGAAUUUUAUAAAACCCACGAGGUUGAGGUGGUGCCAGCAGCAUGGGUGGCUGAUGACAUUUGUCAGUGGCCCUCUUAUUACAAGCGUGACAAACUUGUAAAGGCUAUAAAAAAUGAAGAGCAGCCGGGAAUGAUGUGGGAAGAAUUUAAAGUUAGAAUUUUAUAUAAAGCAGCAAAAUACACAACUGCCCGCCUCAAACUUCCACAGGCAGAAACCAACACUGACCUGCAGACGGCAGAAGAAGGUGAUGUCAUACCGCAGAGAAAGCGAAAAAGACAACCAAACAUUCGCAUUCCAAGUGAUAGUGACAGCGACACACCUAUACAAAAGUCAUCACUGCCACCAGCCCCAAAAAUUCAACAGCCAGGUUUCCAAACAUCAGAGAGAAGGGCCCCUAGCCCCCAACGACCUGCAUCACUGGCAAGCCCACGGCCCACUGCCAGCCCACAUCAACCAGGGACCAGUCGGGGCAAUGAACUUUCAACUGCAGCUAUUCUGCGUAGGCUCGUCACAAACCAGGAGCUUAUCAUGGAACAGCUCAAAAUUAUAACCCUGACCCUGAGCAAGGUCCAAGGACAGCCUGGUGGUGGUGAGGAGGUCCUUGAAAAGGAUAUCUUUCCACUGAAGGACAUUAGCACUUUACUGGCUGUGGAGAAGCGAGUCAGAGAGGAGGCAGACUUUAAACAGAAAAUGAUUACUGCUUUGAGUGUCAUCGGUGGGGUCAACAUUAAGGACACCGUGUGGCGCAUCAUGAAGAAUAUAUUCACAAACUCCCUGGCCAAACAACUGAACUGGCGUGGCGUGAAUGGGAAAACAGCAUUCCACAGCCUCCAAUUAAAAGAUGUGAUUGCUGGAACCGUACGAAGAAACCACUUAACGGCCACUGCAACAGAGCAGGAGGUGGAGACCUUUAUAAAAAGGUGGCUUCAUCUCGCUGGAGACAGAGAUGGUGGAAGGAGAGAGAGAGAGGAAAAAAGGCGUUGCACACAGCUCGCACCCAGGGAGGCCAAGCUCAGGAGGAGGAUGAUAGUUUUUCCCAGAAGCAUCCAGAACCACAUCUGACCAUUCAGACCUACAGAAGAAACAAAGGCAGAGAAAUCCUGAGUAAGAAAUGCAUUGGAUUUA